AUGGCGUCGACGAGAGGCCAGAAAGAUCAGGCCGAUGCCGAGCAUGAUGACCGCGGCGGCAGGGACGACGGACCACCACUCAAGCUCCAUGGCGCAAAGAGAGACAACGUGCUCGAGAUCGAAGCGACGCGCGCCAUCACAGAGGCUGAACAUCAACUCGGAUUCCUUGCAGCCUUGAAGCAGUACCCUAGCGCGACCUUCUGGAGUCUCUUUUUCUGUCUAGCUGUGGUUAUGGCUGGCUAUGACGCGCAGAUCAUCACCAGCUUCUACGCUCUGCCGGCAUUCCAGCAAAAGUAUGGCAACCUCGUGCGCACGAGCGUCGGUAGCUUUGAUUUCGAGGUCAGCGCGCCGUGGCAAACAGCCCUUGGCAUGGGCAACCCCAUCGGGCAAGUUCUAGGUGCCCUGGCUAGCGGCUACCCACUCGAGCGGUUCGGUCGCCGCUGGACACUCGCCGCAUGUUGCAUAUGGAGCAUUGGCUUCGUGUUUGUGCAGUUCUUUGCGACAAGCAUCGGGAUGCUGUGUGCCGGCGAGAUUCUUGGCGGCCUGGCUUACGGAUUUUACGUCGUCAUCGCGCCGACGUACUCAUCGGAGAUCUGCCCCCUCGCCUUGCGCGGUUUUCUAACCACAUCGGUCAAUCUGGCAUUUGUGAUCGGCCAAUUCGUUGCUCAGGGCGUGGCAGCGGGGCUGGAGAGCCGACUGGACUCGUGGGCUUAUAAAGCACCGUUCGCACUGCAAUGGCUCUGGCCAGUCAUUUUGCUCGCUCUCCUACCAUUUGCUCCGGAAAGUCCGUAUUGGCUUGUCCGGCAGGGCCGAAAGGCGGAUGCGCGUCAGGCUAUCGUGAAGCUCUCGUCCUCCACGAACCCCCCGGACAUCGACCAGGUCUUGCUAGGAAUUGAGCAGACCGACCUCCUGGAGCAGGAACUCGAGGUCACGAGCUCGUACUGGGACUGCUUCAAGGGUGUCCACCUGGUGCGCACCGAAAUCUCUGUCAUGGUCUACCUCAUCCAGGUCAUCGGUGGCAAUCCUCUUAUCGGAUAUGCAAACUAUUUCUUUGAGCAGGCCGGUUUGAACCCUUCGGAUGCUUUCAAUAUGGGCGUUGGCAACACAGCCCUCGGUUUCGUUGGCACGGUGACGGCCUGGCCGCUCAUCAACUACUUUGGCUUCGGCCGGCGGACCAUCUAUAACGCCGGGAUGUUGUUCAUGACGCUACUGCUCUUUAUCAUUGGCUUCCUCAGUAUCCCGACUGACAACCGAGCUGCGGUUUGGGCUAUGGCCACAUUGAUGGACAUAUGGACAUUCGCCUACCAAAUGACGGUCGGUCCUAUCUGCUUCGUCAUCAUCUCCGAGAUCUCCGCCACGCGUCUGCGCACCAAGACCAUUGCGAUCGCCACGGCGGUGCAGGCUGCCGCGACCAUCGUAACUACGGUGGCGAUGCCGUACAUGCUCAACGCGGAUGAGGCGAAUUGGGGCGGCAAGGCUGGCUUCCUGUUUGGCGGCAUUAGUUUCAUCUGCCUCGUGUGGUGCCACUUCCGUCUCCCGGAGAGCCGUGGGAGGACAUUUGAGGAGCUAGAUAUUCUCUUCCAGCGAAAAGUUCCGGCGAGACAGUUCAAGAACUGCGAUCUCCUCGGGGAAGGAGAAACUGGCACCGACGCCGCAAAGGAACUAGCUUGA